AUGGCAGCGACCCCCAAUAAAGGGCCCAAGGUGUCGACCAGGCCUGCAAAUUCCCCAGACCCCAAUCUGAUCGAGCAUCUUUACAACAACCAGACUAAAGAAAGAGACCAUCUGCAGACCAGUUACAACAACCAGACUAAAGAAAGAGACCAGCUACAGACCAGUUACAAUAUCCUGACUGAAGAAAAAGACCAGCUACAAACCAUUUACAACAACCUGAUUGAACAAAGAGACCAGCUGCAGACCAGUUUCAACAACCUGACUGAAGAAAGAGACCAGUUACAAGCCAAUUACAACAACCUGACUAGAGAAAGAGACCAUCUGCAGACAAGUUACAACAACCUGAUUGAAGAAAGAGACCAGCUACAAACCAUUUACAACAACCUGACGGAAGAAAGAGACCAUCUGCAGACCAGUUUCAACAACCUGACUGAAGAAAGAGACCAGCUACAGACCAGUUACAACAACCUGACUGAACAAAGAGACCAGCUACAGACCAGUUACAACAACCUGACUGGACAAAGAGACCAGUUACAGACCAGUUUCAACAACCUGAUUGAAGAAAGAGACCAGUUACAGACCAGUUACAACAACCUGACUGAAGAAAGAGACCAUCUGCAGACAAGUUACAACAUCCUGACUGAAGAAAGAGACCAGUUACAGACCAGUUACAACAACCUGACUGAACAAAGAGACCAGCUACAGACCAGUUACAACAACCUGACUGAACAAAGAGACCAGUUACAGACCAGUUUCAACAACCUGAUUGAAGAAAGAGACCAGUUACAGACCAGUUACAACAACCUGACUGAAGAAAGAGACCAUCUGCAGACAAGUUACAACAUCCUGACUGAAGAAAGAGACCAGUUACAGACCAACCAGUUACAGAGCAGUUACAACAACCUGACUGAAGAAAGAGACCAGUUACAGACCAGUUUCAACAACCUGAUUGAAGAAAGAGACCAGUUACAGACCAGUUACAACAACCUGACUGAAGAAAGAGACCAGUUACAGACCAGUUACAACAACCUGACUGAAGAAAGAGACCAGCUGCAGACCAGUUACAACAACCUGAUUGAAGAAAGAGACCAGUUACAGAGCAGUUACAACAUUCUGACUGAAGAAAGAGACCAGUUACAGACCAGUUACCACCAACUUGUGACAGCCCUGACCAAAGAGAGAAGUGAUCUUCGGAGAAAGGUUGAAGAUAUUGAGGAGCGUUAUAAAAUCCUGACUGAAGAAAGAGACAAGUUGAGGAGGGCGCUGAAUGACUUUGCUCUACGUCUGAAUUCCUUGACUGAAGAGAAAGGCAAGCUGGAGAGACAGCUCAAUGUUCUCAAACGCUACUUGCAACAAGGAUGGUUUUAUUUCAGUGACAGCGUCUAUUACAUUUCUUCAACUAAGAAGACCUGGCAAGACAGUAGAAAUGACUGUCUGCAGAGAGAUGCAGACCUGGUGAUUAUCAGCAGCAGAGAAGAACAGGAGUUAAUAACACAGCACCAGAAGGUGAUGUGGAUUGGACUGACGGACAGACAGUGGGAGGGGGUGUGGAGAUGGGUGGAUGGCACUCGACUGACAACAAGAUUCUGGGGCUCCGGUGAACCAAACAGUUAUCGAGGCAGAAAUGAGGAUUGUGUAACAGUAUAUUACAUAAAAUAUGUAGACAACUGGAAUGAUGAAACAUGUGAAAAUGAAAACUUCUGGAUGUGUGAAAAGAAAGUUACCCUGUAACUCAGCAUAGACACCACCAUGACAGCUAUUUUGUAUUGACAGCAGUGAAACACAUUUAACACAGUGGCACAUAAGCAUCAAUUACAGAUUCAGUUGGGUCAGAUUUUAUUUGCUUCAGAGGACAGCCACAAUUUAUGUAUUUUUCCAUUUAAUUUAGACAUUUCUUUGGGUAAUGAUGUUUCUUCUCAAGGUUAAAAUCAAACAGUUGUCAUAGAGCCCCCUUUUCUUUCCUUUCAUUUUUAAUCAUAGAUGUAGUUUAUUUUUUGGGUCUAAAUAUUGUUGUGCUUACUACUUUUGUGUUGUAUACAUCUUGUUUUUUUGCAUUUGAUAUUUCCUCUAUUAUAUUUCAUCUUGAAGCAUUUUGCAUUUCUGGCUUGGAAUGUAAAUAAAAGUAUUUUAUCAUCAUUGUCACGUACUUUUAUUCUUCUUUUAAAAAACUGUAUGAUUUUUAUAAAGAAAUUCUGUUUUACUGUUCUACUAACCUGAGUCUUCUCAGAGUUCAGAAUAUCCCCUAUCAGUUAUGAAGAAUCUUCACUAAGACACUUGCAAAAAUGUUGUAUACAGAUUGUACAAGAUUGACAAACCAGUUCAUAACCUCCACUUCUUAAAAAACAGAAGUAGUGGGGCUGUUAAGCUCUUAAAAUAGGGACAAUCUUGCUUUUUGUGAAACAAGCAUAAAACUUUCAGGGUUUGAUCUUGAUGACCUAAGCUUUAAUUUAAGAUAUGGUCAUCAUUAAGUGCAGUGAAGGUCACUGGUAAAAAAAGAUCUAGCGAUUGGGUGAAUCUAAGUACAAAAUGGACAGGUCCUUUAGAUUUCACCAAACAAUUCCAUACGAAUGUGGACAUGACAAAAAUGUAGCCCCACUUGAAGUUGACCUCCUGUCAGAAAUUUCCAAUGUAACAUUUAACAGGUAACAUAUCAGCAUGCCAAAACAGUAUAGUGAAAGUUGUUGUAGAGGCCUUAGCUUUCGGGGGUAAGAAAAAUACUGGCCUACAAAACAGUUUUAGUCACUUGAGUCACCAGAACAUGUGCAGAGUGCUGUGCACUUUAAUGCUGGCUUAUUGCAUUUACAGUGCCUGGGGCAACACUUUUUACCCCCAUAGUGCACAAGCUCAUAGCAAGAUGCCUAUGAUGCCUCUGGGAGUAUCGUCCAACAUGGCUGCCAGCCUGCAUCUGUAUCAGUCCAUCCCCAGUCUGAGGUACUCAGUGCUUACUCUGGUAACUGUGGGCUUGGAACCAAGGCAAGGUUCCAUUAUCUUAGCCUGGUGCAUUGCUCUUUUGAUGUGUUGCCGCAAAGCAGCUUGCGUAGGGGGGAUGUUUUCCAGUGAUCUUGAUCUAUGGGCAAAAUGUUGUGACAUCUAAGCAUGCACUUGUUCUGUCAUAGAUAAGCACCACAAAAGGUUCUAGUUGAGACAAGGAAAGAUCACUCAACUCUUGUGGAAUAUGCAACAUUUAAUGGAAAGCCUCUGUAACUUCUGGAUAUACAUGCCAUGUAUCCCAGGCAGUCUUUUUGGCUUUAAGGUUAUUUGUUUGGUACACAUCCCAAACAAUGUACAUGCGUUUUGUGUCUUUCAACUGUGAUACUAUGUAUGGUACAAAAACAUUGUCAGCAUAGGCCUGGAAGGUUUUAGCAGUACCUGGUUUCAACAUAUGUGCAGCUGCAGCACCAUCGAUAAAAACUGCUUCUACCUGACCAACACUGGUUUCUGACUAGCCAGAAUUAAUGGAAGUAAGUAAUCAUUAAUGCACCUCCUUGGGAUAAGGAUGGUGGUGCUGACUGAUUCUCAUGACUGAAAAACUGAUCGAGAUCACCCUCCAUUGUUUGACAUGAUUUGUACAGAUGAGAAAACAGGCAUCACUCUUCAGAGCAGCAAGUUGGGCCUUGUGCUUUGACUGUGUCUUUACAGGUGGAGACUUAAAUAAGGGCAGCUUAUUGUGUCUGCUCCACCCUGUAACCCAGAACUGUAGGAAAAUAAGAUCCCGUCUACACAAAUGGAAAACGCAGAUAUUUCCACAUUAUUUCUAAAAACUCUGGCUAUUGACAUUCUGAUUUACAGGAUAGGAGAAGUAGAUGUCCACAAACCCCUCUGUAAUUAUUUUCCCAUCCAAUAUGAAAACAAAACGGAAAAAAUAUUUUGAGCCUGGCUUUAUCACACGAUCUGAUUUUGUUUCUUAAAAUAUAUGCAAAUUAUAACAUUUUUCAUGAGAUAAGGCCUCAUUUGCAUAUUUAAAUGUUAAAAUACAAAAAAACAUACAUACAAUACACACACAUUUACAAUUUUUUGCAAGAAAAUUACAUAUUACAGAGGUCAGUGACCUCUAGCUGACCUCAGGGGUCAGUCUGAGAAUGCCUCCAAACUAGUAUAUCCAUCGAGUGUGCGCUUAACAGGAUUAACAGGCUAUUGUAAGGCUCAUGGCUCAUGACAGGCUGUAACAUGGACAUGUACAUUAUGAACAGAAAAACGAAAAUGCUCGAAUAUGUUUCUGUCUGCAAAAUUCAAGUUUCCGUCUCUGCCAGUGAGGGUGUAAGCGCAUGCUCGAUUGAUUGACUAGUUUGGUUUAGCUACCAGAAGACACGGAUGUCAACAUACCGGUAUGUAGCUACUUGCACAAACACACUGUUUUAACUACUUUUUUAUUCAUUUUGUGUCAUACACACUACAGUGCUGUGUUGUAAGGUG